GCGCCCACUGGCGUUGCUCGGCCGCUUGCGCUCGAGCGAUUUAAAACAGACUGGAGGAGGGAGGUGGCUGGCUGGCACUGCGCUGAAUGUGUGUGUGUGUGUGAGAAAUAAAUUAAAUCUACACAUCCGCGCUCAGGGCACGAGGAAGGGCACGAUUUGCUAUCGGGAACAAUGAUGUAUUAGCUGGAAUGGAAUCAUAAACUUUGUUCAGGUUGAUGGAGAGAUGUUGAAAGGUUGGCUGAUGUCCAUGGUUCCUGGGGGAUUCCUGAAUAACUUUAAAGUUCUAAUAUCAAAUCUGAACAAUUGUAUUUACUAUCCUCCAAAAGAAAGUCCUAGGACAAGAAUGACAGAUGUAUCUGGGCUGCCAUAUUGAAGAUUAUUUUUCAAAUGGAGCACUUUAUGGAUGUGAACAAGUUAUUGUGGGUACAUAACCUGUAAGAUCGUGUGCUUUAUUUAUGAGUACUUUACCCCAGAAUAUCUUAACUAUUGAAAACAAUGGCAAACUUUCAUCUCUGGAAGUUAUCUUCACAAAAACUAGGCUUUUUUUUGGUGGCAUUUGGAUUCAUAUGGGGAAUGAUGCUUCUGCACUUUACAAUCCAACAACGAACGCAACAUGAAAGCAGCGCUAUGCUUCGUGAACAAAUCCUGGACCUUAGUAAACGAUAUAUCAAAGCUUUGGCAGAAGAAAACCAAAACGUAGCGGAUGGACCAUAUGUCGGCACAAUGACUGCAUACGAUUUGAAGAAGACAUUAGCUGUUCUUCUUGACAACAUUUUGCAGCGACUUGGAAAAUUGGAGUCUAAAGUAGACAACUUGAUUAUUUCAAAUGGGACAGGAAUAAACUCUACAAAUGCUACUGCUACAGUGAUCCCCAGCUCUGGGACUGUAGAGAAAGUUAAUGUAGCAGAUUUAAUUAAUGGUGCGCAGGAGCAGUGUGAAUUGCCUCCUAUGGAUGGCUUCCCUCAUUGCGAGAGCAAAUUGAAGUGGAUGAAAACGAUGUGGCAGUCAGAUCCCUGUUAUAUCAGCUAUGGUGUGGAUGGGUCCAUAUGCUCAUUUUUUAUUUACCUCAGUGAGGUUGAAAAUUGGUGUCCUCCUCUGCCGUGGAGAGCAAUGAGUCCUCGGGAAGAGACUGAUGUACAGACUUUGGCUGAAAUACGCACAGAUUUUAAUUACCUCUUUAAAAUUAUGUCGGCACACGACGAGUUUCGAUGGAUGCGACUGAGAAUAAAUCGAAUGGCAAGCGCUUGGAUUGAGGCUAUAAAAUCACUUGCCGAGAAACAAAAUCUAGAAAACAAACGUAAAAAGAUUCUUAUUCAUCUUGGGCUUUUAACCAAGGAAUCUGGAUUUAAGAUAGCAGAGAAUGCUUUCAGCGGUGGCCCUCUUGGCGAAUUAGUGCAGUGGAGUGAUCUGAUUACAACUCUUUACCUGUUGGGCCAUGACAUUAGGAUUUCUGCUUCUUUGGCUGAAUUAAAAGAGAUAAUGAAGAAGGUGAUGGGUAACAGAUCGGGUUGUCCAACCCGUGGUGAUAAGAUAGUAGAACUAAUCUAUAUCGACAUUGUUGGCUUAACACAAUUUAAAAAAACACUUGGUCCAUCUUGGGUUCAUUAUCAGUGUAUGCUUAGAGUGCUGGAUUCAUUUGGUACAGAGCCAGAAUUUAAUAGUGCUCACUAUGCUCAGUCAAAGGGUCAUAAGACACCGUGGGGUAAAUGGAACCUUAACCCACAACAGUUCUACACGAUGUUUCCUCACACACCAGACAACAGUUUCCUCGGAUUUGUAGUUGAACAACAUCUUAACGCCAGUGAUAUUAGUCAUCCCGAUGACAUUAAAAGACAGAAUCAGUCCUUGGUGUAUGGCAAAGUGGAUCAUUUUUGGAAGGAUAAAAGGUCUUUCUUGGAUAUAAUUCACACGUACACAGAAGUCCAUGGCACAGUUCACGGAACUAGCACAGUCCACAUUCCUAAUUAUGUGAAAAACCACGGGAUACUGAGUGGGCGUGACCUUCAACUUCUGCUACGAGAAACUAAGUUGUUUGUUGGUCUUGGUUUUCCAUACGAAGGCCCAGCUCCUCUGGAAGCCAUUGCAAAUGGAUGUGCGUUCCUAAAUCCACGCUUCAGUCCACCUAAAAGCAGUAAAAACACUGAAUUUUUCAAAGGCAAGCCAACUCUCAGAGAGUUGACUUCACAACAUCCAUAUGCUGAAGUAUAUAUUGGAAAACCUCAUGUCUGGACCGUUAACAUUGAUGAUCCUAUUGAGGUUGAGGAUGCAGUCAAAGCUAUUCUUAAUCAGAAGAUUGAACCGUAUUUGCCCUAUGAAUUUAACUGUGAAGGAAUGUUGCAAAGAGUCAGUGCUUUUAUUGAAAAUCAGGAUUUCUGCCAUGGUCAAGUGAUGUGGCCUCCAUUGAGUGCACUCCAAGUUAAAAUUGCACCUCGCAAGCAAUCGUGCAAGCAGAUCUGUCAAGAGAAUAAGCUCAUAUGUGAACCAUCCUUUUUUCAACAUCUGAAUAAAGACAGUGACUUGCAAAAAUAUGGAAUUGAAUGCCAAUCAUUUGAAUCUCUAAAUGAUAUUGUUGUUCCAGCUUAUGAUGAAAAGAAGAAGCACUGUUUUUUCCAGAGCGAUUUGUUGCUUUUCAGUUGUGCAGGUUCAAAUGAACAUUUCAAAAGGGUCUGUCCAUGCAGAGACUAUAUGAAGGGACAAGUCGCCUUAUGUCAAGAAUGCUUAUAGCACUUGCUUUUCCAACGCACCCUAGUUUGUGCAAAAGAAAACUUGGAUAUUAGGUGGUCUUAACAUCAGUCAUUAAUUUUUGGAAGAUCCCUUCAAAAAGGACACUGAUAAGGGAAAAAAAUUGAAUCACGAACAUUAAUUCACUUGAAGUGAUUAAAGUUCUUUCUUACACAAAGAUUGACCUCAGCCCCAGGUUAACAAGGUUGAGGAUUAAAAAAAUAUCUCCCCAUUGGAAACAAGAAGUAAUUUUUUUUUUAAGGGUUCUCAUUUAUAAAAGGUUUCAUUCUCAUUUUUGACACGGUUUGGUGUAUAGAUGUAAAUGAAAGAUGCACUACUAAAUAUUCUAAAUUCAGAAAGUCAUGUUAAUAAAUAUAAAAUUAAAGGUUGCCAGCUAAAUAAAUAAGGGACUGCUUAAUAGGCUUUUUUUUUUUUUAAUUCAUGAGAAAUAAACAGAAUCCGAAUCGAAGGGUUUAACAUCUGUUUGAAAGCAAUGUCACUGGAAUGUUUCAAUAUAAUCAUACCCAGAUAAGAGAAUCCAUCUUUGUUAUGACCACUACAGGCAGUUAUUUGAAGGAUUGUAUGCUGAUAUUGCUGACAGUAAUAAUUUUAAAAUAUAGAUGUUAAUUGUUUUAAAUCCUGCUUUGAGAUUUGAUUUAAACCUUUGAAGGAUUUUUUAAAAUUAAAUUAAACAUCAAAUAAGAAAUGUACUUUUGGCUUUAUUAGACAUCGUUUAAGAUACUGACAGUGUUCCCAACUUACUGAUCCAAACUGUCAAAUGACGUUAAGUGGGCAUAUUUCAGGCCACAAAUAAGUUGGCUAGGUGGGCAUUUUAAGUAGCAACCUGCUGAAAUAGUUCCUUUUGUAAAUUGUGCAUAGACAGCGUGAUGUAAAGUGUUAUUUUUUUUUAAUCUCCCUAUAAUCAUCAUGUUUACCAUAAAAAUUGAGCAGAAUUACAUAUUUGCACUUUUCUUUUCAGGCUCAGGAGUAUACAUAUUUUAGCCAUACAGGAAAUAAGCAACAAAUGUUCUUGUCACCAGAUUGUUUGGGUAUGUUACAAAAUUUCAAUCAUCUUUCUCUAAAACUAAAUUGAAUCAGUGUUUGACCCAUCAGCAAAAAGUGCUGGUGAGAAUUGUAGCUGAAAUUCUAAAAGUACAGCAUUGUAACAAUCUGGAUUUCUUUUCAUUGUAUUAGUGAUAGUGGUUAGAAAUCAUUAUCAACUGGAGACAAAUGUAAAUUUCAAAACUGUUCACUAUUUAUUGAAGGAGGAUUGGUAUCAGUUAUAUUGUAAACAAUAUGAAGAUAUCAGCCUAGUGAUGGGUGAGUUGUAAAGGUGACAAAACCUUUUCGAACAAUUGAUAUAUAAUUUGCAUUUAUUCAUUUUUACUUGAAUUCAAUGCAUAUCUUGAUACCGCUGAUUAUAAACCCUAAUCUGAAUGAAAUUUAAUGGUUGAAGAAUAUGUAAAUACAGUAAUGUUUAAAAAUAAGUACCGGUAUGACUUUUGGCAAAUAAAAAGCAGUGACAUUUAUUUCAACAGUAGCAGCUAAACCUCAUUAACAGCAGAUUUAUCCAAACAGGGUUGCAUAUUUGUAUAUAAAAGAAUAAUUUUUUUAGCUAUUCUGUAACUUGCUUUCUUUGCUUUGUUGUGCUUGUAAAUAUUAAAUGUUUUCUGUAGAUAUGAUGCCAUGUUAUGUCAAUUAUGUGCCUUUUUAAGGGUAGUAUUGCUUUAUCAACGUAUAAAUAAAUCUACACUUAAUGGCAGUCAUAAUUUAGAUCGUGCAUAGUGUUGUUAAGUGAGGAAAUAGAAAAUGAUUUUCCUGUAUAUUUUCGCAGAUGGCAUAUUGAAAUGAGUUGUGCUUUGAAAGCUGUACUUGCAAGCAUAUAAAUUCUUUCCAAUUUUUGAUCAGCAGGAGAAAAAACUUUAUUUUUCAAUAAAUCUUUUCUGUGAAGAGAAUUUCUUCAACUGAUAUGUACAUUAUAAUUUGUAAACAUACAGAAUACAUUUUAAAAUAAACACAGCUUAAGUUUAAUAAUCACUCUUGUAUAUUACAACUUGAAAUUCCAAGCACAGUUCAUACACAUAUAUUGUGCAGCACAGAUCCUAUUCAACUGCAACAUAUUAUGAGUGUUUAAUUGUCAUUUGUACUGGCAACGGAACAGUGAGAUUUUCAUUGUUCCAUUAGACUAAAAAGUUGAGGAAUCCAGCAAAGUGCAAUCAAAAUUAACUCCCAAUUAUUGUUCUCACAAUAUGCUAUUAUUUACACUAAAAACUUAAAAUCAGGCCUUCCUUGAGGUUGGGGAUUUUGCUUCAAUAAACUCUUCUCGGCUAUCUUAUAUUAAUCUAAUGUUCAUAUUGUUUCUGACAUGAAAAUGUGACAAAAAUUGAGGAUUUCAAUAUUGUUCAAGAAUGACAUAAACAUUAGAAAGAACAAAAGUGGCUGUUCACUCCUUUCGCUGAACUUAAAUCUUAAUCAAAGUUUCCUGCAGCUUAAAAUAAGUACAAAAAAACAUUCUGUGCACAUAACGCUACGUUUGAUGAACAUUUUGCCAAUAUGGAAGUUUGUGUUAUUUUUUUUUACACACUGAACAUUACAUGGACUGUAGAGGUUUUGGUUUUGAAGUUGUCUUGUGCUUUAACUUGUGCUUUCUGUAGACUACCUAUGCCACCUUUCUUUAAAAAUAACUCUUUUAAAACUGCAGAAUGACACACCUGUAAUUUGAUGUUGUUCAAUUGAUCAAUUUGGGGCACUUCCUAGCAUUAAAUGUGCCAUCUGCAUGUUUUACAAUUGCCAAAAUGUAAAACAUUUUAUUCAGAUUUAUUAAGUAGUUUGGCAUAUAUAUUUGGUUCGUCCUUUCAGUUGUACUGAAUUUUAAAAGUUUCUGCUUUAUUUUUGGUGAGUUCAGAGUUGAGGUUCUAAUCAACUUUUAUUUGCAUUAUUUAGAGAUUUUUCAAAUCUUUAAGUAUGUGUAUUAUGUCUAGGACUCCAGGUUCUUGAAGAUUUUUGAUCUAAUAUUGGCUCGGGUCUAUUAGCUAACUACUUAUCUUGAUUUGUCACAAUUAUUAUAGUCUAAUUAAUAUUAUAUUAUCUAGAUUGUGUUGAAGUAGUUUGCCACCUUUUUUGCAACAUCAAUUAUCUGAAAUGAUUGGCAGGUAAAAGUUCUGUCCUAUUCAACUAAUUAUCUGCAUGUUAUGUUAAUUGCCAUGGGUUAAAAAAAACCCAGUUUCAUUAUUAUUAAAUUUACAUUAAAAUUAUUGAAGUGUAGUUCACCCUUUCAUUUGAUCUUUCAAAGAGUGAAUAUUUUUUUAUUUAAACUUACUUCUGCUCAUGAGGAGUCGACAAUUUUU